AUGAACAAUAGUCAAAGAGGUGGAGAAAAUAGACCAAAUUCAUAACAGAAUUCUUAAGAUAUUUCUUAAUAGGAAAUUCAAAUCAAUUAGAUCCAACAAAACAACAAUAAUACCUUAAACCAACUAAUUUAAAUUCUUAAUAACUAAACAAACCUUCCAAUUGAUUAAUUCAAAAUAGUGGUUGACUCUGUUGUAAUUGAUAAGCAAUUUUUUUUGUUAACAUUAAACCCAAAAGGGAAGUACUUUUAAACGUUGAGAAAACUCAUUUUAUUAAUAGUUGGAUUCUUAACCCUUCAGUUUUAUUAACUUCUAUAUUUGUUCACAUAAGAUUAAAUUACUGAAGGUCAUGAUGACAAUCAUUCAAAAUUAAUGUAUUGAUAUUUCAAAUUUAGCUUACGACCCCAAGAACAUAUAAAGAAUAAGAACACCUUCAGAAGUCAUUUAUAUUUGGAAGAAUAAAUAAAUUAACUCAUACUAGUGAUUGCAAUUAGAUUUGUUUACGUAGUCAUUUCCUACAUUAUUGUGUAUAGUAUUAGGCCUCUAUGUUUACAUUAUUCAAAUAAAAAUGUAUAUAAUUUAUCUAUUUAAGUUAUUGUUAUUCUUUCUUUUGCUUAUAUCUGGCACUUAUUUUAUUCAAGGAACUCAAUGUAAUCUUUAUCCAAAUUAUGGAUCUUUACAUUUUGAAGAUAUAGGAAAAAUUAAUAAAACAAAAAUCUAUUUGGAUAAUUUGAUCUUCUUUGGCUGCUUUUUUGUACAAGGAAUUUCAUCUGCCAGCAUUUUUUAUUUAUUAAUGGAACAGGUUUAGUUUAUGUUGAAGAAAAAUCAAAGAUUAAUCUUCUACAAUGAUUUUCUAUUAGUGAUUGUAGAAUUUAUUGUUGUCUCAUCAGUUUUACAUAUGAUUUUUAAAGAGCAAUAUAUUUUUAAUCUUAUCAUAAUGUGGAUUCCAUUUUCCUUGAUUACCCUAUAUACUUACUUCACAUUAUAAGAUUCACCUCUGUGUAUUUUAAAUCGCCUUUCAUAUUAUGAAUAAAUCUCUAGAUAAAAUUCAUAACUACUAAAAAAAUAAUAAGUUGCUUUAAAUAAGAUUGAAUCUUUAUUAACAGAAUUUCAUUAAAAUAUGAACUCCAUCUAUUCAGUGAAUUUUCCAAAUAAGGUGUAUUUUACAGAAGAGUAAGUUGCAUUAUUGCUUAAUAAAUUUUAAAUCAAACCAAGCAAUAAAUAAGAGCCAAGAUGUAUUGUUAAUUUCAUAAUGUUUGCAUUAAGCUUAUUGUAUUUUGGACAUUUGUUUAAGCUAAAUGCAUUUGUUAAUCAGUUUCAAUGGACAAUUGAGACCCUAGCCUUGAUAUUAUCGAUAUUUGAAUUGUUAGGAUACUUUAUUGGUAAUUAUUGUAUUAGCGAAUUGUACAAUGAACAACUGUUAAGAAAAUUAUUGAUGACUUUUGGAUUAAUCAAUUUUUUAAGUUCUUUGCCUAGUUUUUAAUCAAUACAUUGCUAAUUUUAAAGUUAAGUAGAAUUCUUUUCCAUUUUAAUUGUCAGACUUUUGUUUUCUUUAGCAAUUAAGUCAUUUUUGAUGUAAAGAAAGUUAAUAUUUUAGAUAAUUCUCAAAUUAUAAACUCAACUUCGGGUUUUUGGUAUUAGGACUAUUACUUGCGAACAUCAAUUUUUUAUAGAUUCAACUAUUCUAAGUUGUGGUUGCAACUAUUCUUUUGUUCGCUUACCAUUUAUCUAAACAAUUUUGA